AUCUGUCUCAUUGACACUACUCUCUACUCACUGAUACUACGCCCCGUCACCUCAAAACACCAAUUGGUCAACUACACCAGCGAAAACCAACACAAUGGACCUCUCAAACCCGUCGACGACGAGUACGCUCCGCACGCGCACCCUAGACGACUUCCUCGCCGACGACGACCAGUCCUAUCCUGACCCCCAUACCCAUAACCCAUCCACUACAACCACAGCCCUCCAAACCGAAGCCCCCACCGAAAAACGCACCCGCACAACCACCACAACCAAACCCCCCACCAAAGACUGGAUGGUCGUCCAAGGCAACACGCACUACGCCCGCGACUACACCACCUUCCUCCCGCAAACCUACCGCCGCACCACCCAAACCCUCUCCAACAACAUCUUCGACCCGAGCUCCGAACUCCACGUCGCCGGACUCGGCACCGUGCGCGUCGCAGUCCAGACCGGCCCCGCACCCACCGAUACUAACGUCCUCGAACUCCAUGAUGUCUUGCACAUCCCGGACGCCGUGUGCAAUGGGUUCAACCCGCUGCUGUAUGGGAGUAGCAUGUCUUGUUAUGAGGGGUUUUGGGAGGGGAGGGUUCCGGGGAGGGAGGGGCCGGAGUGGGUGGCGAGGGGGUUUGCGGGGGGCGCGAGGUUGGUGCUUGCUGGUGGGGAGGGGGAGGAUGGGGUGGGGAGAUAG